UCACAAUUUUGGUUACAUAGAGUAAUUUUUUUCAUAUUUUUCAUGAUUCUCCCUUGGUAUUUCAGUUGGUUCACCAUGUAAUAAAAUGUAAAUCAUACUCCGUAUAUAAGUAUUUCAUCUUCUUCCUCCUCACCUCAAUCUGCAGCUGAUCACGGUGGAGUAAACAACUGUGCUCUCUCCUUUUUAUUCUACACUCUCUUUUCUUCCAUUUCCCGCUACAUUUUUCUCUUCUUUCUCGAUUCUUUGGAUCUUUCCAUUCAUUUUCAGAUUCUCGUACUUAUAUCCAAAUCAUAUUUUCUUUAUUGAUCAAUUUCUUAUUUGUUUUGCACGAUUCUAAUCAUAUUGCGACACUCAAUUGUGAAAUGACAUUUUUUAGGGUUUAGUGUUGCAUGAAUCUAAAAUCAUCGUAUUAUUGAUCGAAUCCAAGAUCAAAAUAUGGACUGGUGGGGCGGAAAAGUGUCUUUGGGAAACUUGGAUUUCUCAGAGGCAGUUAAUAAGCUUCAAGAAAGUGUAAAGAAUAUUGAAAAGAAUUUUGAUAGUGCUCUUGGUUUAGAGGAUAAGCCUAUGUCUAGCGAUGAAGCUUCUGGACUAAGCACCUCUUCUAGUAGUAGAAAUGCACUAUUUGAUCCAGUUAUGGCAUUGAUGGGCCGUAGAGUAAAGGAAAAUACAGAUGAGCCAGAGGGCAGUGAAACCCUUCCGGAUGAAGCAAAAAAAAUAGUAAGUAAAGAUGAAUUACCAGAUGUUUCAGAAAGAAAUCAGGAUCUAUCUGUUAUUGAGGUGAAAGAUGAUGAUGUUGAAACUGAACCUAAGCCUUCCAUGGAGGUGAAAGAGGGGGAGGUGAAUGAAGAAAAGGUUCAUGUUGAUUCUGAAGUUGUGGAUGAUAUGGAUCAGUCAGAAGACUCCAGUAAAGUAAAUUCUGAUGCACAGGAACCUGUCACCUCAUCUGAGUCCACAUUUCACAAUAUUUCUAGGACAGCAGAGUCUGAUACGGAGCUUGACAAGGAGGGGAAACCUGAGGUAAUAUCCUCUGAACAUCGAGAAUCAUUUGAAAACAAACUACAACAUGAUGAAGUGACUCAAGACCAUAUUGAUACAAUUACAAGUAUGGAAGCAAGUGUGCAGGAGCUAGCUGUGGACACGGGAACCACUGCUGAAUGUGAGGAGGAUUUGAAAAGUAACCUUGCUGGAAAUCUGGUUGAACACUCCAUGCCUAUUGGUUUCACUACUGUUGUUGAAUCUGUAAGUCCUACUGAAUUAGUCAACAAAUUAUCUGACGAACUUCCUAACACUGUUAUUCAAGAAAUGCUUUCUGAGGAAAGUAAUUUAAACGUUGCACCUGCUCAAGUGUUAAAACCAUCUAAAGAAGAUGAAAUGCAUGUCAAGGAGAUGAAAAUGAUGGAGGCUGCAUUGCAGGGAGCUGCCCAACAAGCUCAAGCUAAAGCAGAUGAGAUAGCCAAAUUAACGAGUGAAAAUGAACAGUUGAAAUCUGUCAUAGAGGAUUUGAGGAGGAAAUCCAAUGACGCAGAAAUUGAGUCGUUGCGCGAGGAAUACCACCAAAGGGUUGCAAUUCUUGAACGGAAGGUUUAUGCUCUUACGAAGGAAAGGGAUACAUUACGGCGGGAGCAGAACAAAAGAAGUGAUGCUGCUGCUCUCCUGAAGGAAAAAGAUGAAAUUAUCACUCAAGUAAUGGCUGAGGGAGAAGAGCUCUCAAAGAAGCAAGCUGCACAAGAAGCUCAAAUUAGGAAAUUAAGGGCACAGAUUAGAGAAUUGGAUGAAGAGAAGAAGGCUUUGAUUACCAAACAACAGCUUGAAGAGAAUAAAGUGGAAAGUAUAAAGAAAGACAAGGCAGCAACUGAAAAGUUGCUACAAGAAACAAUUGAAAAGCACCAAGCAGAGCUUGCUAGUCAGAAGGAAUACUAUUCUAAUGCUUUAAACGCAGCAAAGGAAGCCGAAGCAUUAGCGGAGGCACGCGCCAGUAAUGAAGCCCGAACGGAGGUUGAGGGACGUCUAAGGGAGGCUGAGGAACGUGAAACAAUGUUUGUCCAAGCCCUUGAGGAAUUAAGGCAGACGUUAAGCAGCCAGGAGCAACAGGCCAUUAUGAAGGAAGACAUGUUAUGCGGAGAGAUUGAGGAUCUUCACAAAAGAUACCAGGUUAGCGAGCGCCGUUGCGAGGAACUUGUUUCUCAAUUACCUGAAUCGACUAGGCCUCUAUUGCGACAAAUUGAAGCUAUGCAGGAAACGUCUGCUAACAAGGCUGAAGCUUGGGCAGCUGUGGAGAGAACACUUCAAUCUCGGCUUCAGGAAGCAGAAGCCAAAGCUUCCUCUGCGGAUGAAAGGGAGCGAUCCAUAAAUGAGCGCCUGUCUCAAACUCUAUCUCGGAUUAAUGUUCUUGAAGCCCAGAUUUCAUGUCUCAGAACAGAGCAGACACAGUUAAACAGAUCUCUUGAGAAGGAAAGACAAAGAGCAGCUGAAAAUCGGCAAGAGUACCUUGCAGCAAAGGAAAUCGCUGAUACUCAUGAAGGCCGUGUAAAUCAGCUUGAAGAAGAGAUCAAGGAACUAAAAAGAAAACAUAAAAGCGAGUUGCAAGAAUCACUAACUUACAGGGAACUCCUACUGCAGGAGUUAGAUCGGGAAAAAACAGAAAAACUGGAAUUGGAAAAGGCUGCUCAUAUACAGUCUGCUUCUGUGUCAGAUCAAAGCCUGACGACGAAGAACAAAACAACACUUGAGAAUGGGCAGUUAAAUCGUAAACUUUCAAGUGCUAGCAGUGUUGGCAAUAUGGAAGAAAGCUUCUUCUUGCAGGCUUCGCUAGAGUCUUCAUCCACUUUGCUAGAGCGUAGAAAUUCUGGAGAGGCUACCAUGAGUUCUUAUUACCUGAAGAGUAUGAACCCAAGUGCUUUUGAAGCUGCCCUUCGGCAAAAGGAGGGAGAACUUGCUUCAUAUAUGUCUCGCCUGGCUUCCAUGGAAUCUAUACGGGACUCACUUGCUGAAGAGUUAGUUAAAAUGACGGAGCAGUGUGAGAAAGAGCGAGGCGAGGCUUCUAUGCUGCCUGGCAUUCGGGCUGAGCUAGAUGCUUUAAGAAGGAGACAUACAGCUGCUUUGGAACUGAUGGGGGAACGUGAUGAGGAAUUGGAAGAACUCCGUGCUGAUAUCGUGGAUUUAAAAGAAAUGUAUCGGGAACAAGUUAAUUUACUUGUUAAUAAGAUUCAAAUGCUAAGUCCGCAAAUGGGUGCUGCUUGAUCACAUUGACGAUUUUCUGCGUCCAGUUUUCCGUCCAUGCAAUUUUAGCACAAACUUCUGUCGGCAUCUAAUUUUUCAUCCGAGCAAGUUUAGCAUCCUUUAAUAUCCGCAUCCAGUUUUCUGUCCAUGGAAGUGUAACUAUUUUUCUUACAA